GAUUUAAGACCAUUUACCUGCAGAAGAACCACAGAAGAACCAUGCAAACCCUCUGAGACCUGAGCCAAACCCAAAUUAAUUAUCCUGCAUCGUGAAAUGAAAUGGCUGCUGUUGGUGUUAUCCUCAUUCUCCUCCCUAUGACAUGGGCCUGUGCCCCUCAAAAAGCUGACUAUGUAAUGGUGUCAUGUUUUCCCAAUGCCAUCAUUGCAAACGUGCCAGAGUGUCCAUAUGGAUGGGAGAUUGGUCAGUUAUCCCUGGGCGGGGUGUGCUACUCUGGGAUUAACACUCCAGGCUUCUAUCGUUUCACCAUCCCAGACCUCACUCCUAAGAAUCACUCUUACUGUGGGACCUUGUCUGAGUAUGUAGGAGGGAAAGAUCCACGGUACAUAUUCUACAACUCAAUAGUGUCCAAUGACUCCUCGCUUACAGUGCGGAACCAGCCUGUCAACUACACAUUCAGUUGCACCUAUAAAGCGGCUUAUCUGGUCAACAAUGCCGUGUUCAGCCAAAGAGUGGCAACAGUUUAUGUCAACAAUGGGAGUUUAGGUUCUUUUAAGUCUCAGUUGUCAAUGAACGUGUUCACAAACUCAAAGUUCCUGUAUGCAAAAGAUGCACCAUAUGUGAUUGACACAUCAGAGAUCGGCUCUGAGGUGUUCAUUGGCAUUGAGGCAAAAGGACUCAGUAACAGGUUCAAAGUAGUGAUAGCAAAUUGCUGGGCAACACCUACACCUUACUCAACAGACAGGAAAAGGUGGACUUUAAUUCUGAACAGUUGCUCUUUAGACAGCACAGUCACCAUAUUUGAAAAUGCCAAAGACAGUCGGUCCAUGUUCAAGUUCAAUUCGUUCCGCUUCCAGCGGUUAGAGAAAGUAUCCACUGUGUGGCUCCACUGUGAGGUCCAAGUUUGUGAUGGGGAAAAGCUGUUCUGCCAGCCAACUCCAUGUUCAUCAAGGAGUACUGAAUUUGAACCUGACCCAAAUGGAGGCAUCCUGACCACGGAGUUUCAAGUCAAAGCACAACAUUCCUCAAGCUAUAUACAUCUUGCAGGCCCAUUUCUGUGUAUGCUGUCCAUAAUGAUAUUGAAUGAAAUUUUAGGAUACUUCAGUUUGUAA